CAUAUUUGAUAGAGAUCGUGGGCUCGUGGAUGGUGCUGAAAUUUCCUCCAUCACAUCUUGUUACCAAAAGCACUACCACACGGCAUAAUGAGGAUAUUUGAACGAGGGUUUGUUGAUUGGGGCACGAGUGCGUGCUCGUGGACAUGAGACGGGGGAGGUGAGGCGGCAGCCACGACGUACAGUAAGCCUCAGGAGGCGCAGCCUUACCCUGACUGACCUCGGUGUAUCGUUCUUCCCGAAACCCCCGACGCGCACAGACGACGAGGCUACCAAUAUCAUGAUUUUGACGAUGGCGACGAUGAUAGACAAUGAUAAACGACUCUUUACUGUACAAUCCGAGAGUUGCAGGCUUUGCCACGUUAGCGAUUGACGAGAAAACGCCUUUCUAUCUCCCCUGACUAAUUGCAGGACCUCUAGUUGUGGGCUAAACCUGAACACCAGACUGAGUAGUUCCAACUUUGAGCUUUCUCCCAAUGUCUUGUCGACGUUAAAAUCCUGUCAUGAGGUUAAUGUAGUAGCAGAAUAUAUCAGUGUUAGUUCACACAGAUAUCUUGGCCCAUCCCAUGUUUUUGGGAGGCUAUUACACGGGGAGAUUGGGAAGAUUGGGAAGAUGUAGAAAACCACAGCUUUGACCAGCCUUUUUUCUCUCUGUCUGGAACUAUAUAUGAGUUCAUCUACGUAACUGUCAACACUCUGAACUUCUUUUAUACUCUGAACUUCUUUCAUAUCCUCAACUUCUCUUAUACCCUCAAUUUCUCUAAACUUAUUUUAUACUCUGAACUUCUUUCAGACCCUCAACUUCUCUUAUACUCUCAACUUCUUUCAUACUCCGAACUUGCACCCAACCUCUAUAUAUCACCACAACUGCUCUAACAACCUCUCUUGUCACAAAAUUCUGCACCAUACCCACCAUCUACACCACCACAACUGCCCCGAUCAUCUUCAUCUCAAUAUUCUACGGCUAUGGCGAGUCCCACAGAGCAAUCUGAGGUAUGCAUUCCAUGUGACCAGCAGUUUGAUGACUGGAAGGCCUACAUCAGACAUAUGAUCGUGAGCGAUAACCAUCCACACGCUUGUGCUACUUGUGGGCAGGAAUUUCAGUCUGAGGAGGGCAGGCAGACCCAUCAACGCCAGGCGCAUCCACCCGACCAGAGUCUGAUCUGCAGCGGCUGCCACAAGGAAUUCACUCGAUGCGGGAGUUUAGUACAACAUGUUGAGAUCGAUGGAUGUCCCGUGUUUCGCAAACUGGCGUUCGAAAGGAUUCGAGACGCCAAUGAUGACUAUUACAAGAAGAUGGGCGUACCCAAGAAGCAAAACACUGCCACAACUGCUGAUGCCAUUGACAAAGUCCAUACUGCCAAUGCAAGUUGUGUUCCGUUGGAAGUCCUUGAAGCUUCUCCAGCUCCUGCAGGCACAGCUCAAUCCGAAGUUGGCAAAGUUUCCGCUGCUCUCGCACGCCGAGUUCAAUCCGAAGUAGACGAAGUCUUUGCUGCUCCCGCACGCCGAGUUCAAUCUGAACUUGACAAAGUCUUUGCUGCCCCUGCAAGCCGAGUACAGUCUGAAGUUGAUAACGUUUCCGCUGGCCCUGCAAGUCAUGUUACGCCGAGGGACAUCAUGACCGAUUUCGAAACCCCAAGCAAGGAGGCUGAGUACCAAGAAUUUAAGAGAAACUUCCCGGCUUUGACGAUUCAAAAGCCUGGCGUGGGCUCGACAGAUAACGUUUCCAUCCUUAAGAAACCUACGGGCAUGGACCUCCCCCCGAAAGGCAAAGCCGAAGAGGAUUUGAUAGAGAUGUCACCGAAUAGAAAUGUUCCCAAGCGCGCCUGGUCCAACCUCGCCGGACUGAAACCAUUCAACAUUGCAGCCGGAGGCGCUGAGAAUAUGCCAUGGGAGAAGGAAGCACCAAAGAUUUCCCCACCACCAGCGCGUUCCUCGAAGUUCUCAGGCCCUGUUACCGACAAUUCUAACCCAUCAAGCCAGCCGUUGAGCCUUCGAUCUCCGAUGCUUACACAUGCCGGACCUGACCUUGGAGCACCAUCAAAGCCCUUGAAUGUUCUGAAAUCGCUUCAAGGACUUAAGCUGGAGAGGCCACAACUGGCAGCCGAAACUAGCGAGUCGACCCCCGAGAAGCCACCUCCAAAAUAUUACCAUCAGUACGAUCCGGACCAGCCGGGUUAUAACUUGGAGAAACAUCGAAAUCCUUUCAGCAGAAAGUACAAUUGUGCUUUCGCUGGUUGCUCAAAGCUCCUCAAUUCAAGCCAGGCCUUGUACAUGCAUCUCAAGUCGAACGCGCACCUUACCGACCUCUACUCGUGCCCAUUCUGUUUCAACCAAUUUCGCAGUGCUUCUGCCAUUACGCAGCAUCUCGAAUCCCAAACUAACAGAUGUAAUGCUCGGGACGAUCGUCGGUUUAGUCAACUAAUGGACCAGGUUGCCGCGGGUAUGAUUGACACAGCCGGCAUCCAUGACGAUAACACGCACCGAUACUAUUCGGCGCAGAUAGUUCCAAAGCUUCCGCUUGAUACCGUCCACGAGGCCAAAGAAGAGGUGAUUGUCAAUGCUGUCCAAGACCCUGAGUAUCGGUUAGCAAGAAUCCGAGAACGCGAACAGAAGCAGGAGGAAGAGAGAGCUCGGAUCGAAGCAGAGAAGAAUGCCGAGUGGGAUCAGUAAGCGGGAGACAUCGCCUGUGCCGUGAAACAGAACCUGUGCUACUGUUAUGCUAGAAACUUGAUCUUGCCAUGCUGGUUUUUGCCUCCUGGUUUGAAGGCGUCCGCCUAGAGACUAUUGUGGGUAGCCAUGGUGUUUGGGACCUUUGAUGUUAUUCGCUCACUCUAAGCCCCGGAGAUUGCUACUUCUUGUUAUUGAGGCCCAAGGUCUUGAUUUUUGAAACCUAGGAUGAUGCCACAAAGGGAACAUUAAGAGGUGGAUCACCCGAAAGUAUUUACAUGAAC